AUGAUUGAAAUGGUGAAUGAUAAUUGAAGAAGUGGCGGGCCACGUGAGAGAAGUAUGUACUUUUGGAAAGUUGGUCAUUUCGAAGCUCUUCAUGUCUCCAUCCACAUGAGUUGGCCAUUCUUUGUUUCUCUCUUCCGGCCUAAGUUUUGCGUUACCAUCUCUAGCUAA